UCUCGUGAAAAAAGGUUUGGCAUGGGCAAAUGACAGUAAAACAAGUAAAUAGGUAGUGGAUUUCGGAUAUUAAUCAAGUAAAAACAAAUUAAAAUGGGUGGUGCUACAAGUAAAACGAGGAAAUUAACUGUAGAAAAUGAAGAUCCUACAAGUGUGAUAAAAGUAUCUGAAGGUGUUGUUGACCGUAUUAGAGGAAGCCAAAUGGUAAGACAAGAGGUACAACAGAAUCCUAGUGUGGUUGCUCCUCCAGCAGGUGGACCGUUCGUGACUGCACCAUUAUUAUUUUUAAAUGAACCUAGUUUAACCUCUCUUCAACUUCGACAGGCCCACGUAGCGGAAUUAAAGAACAAUGAUGAAUAUUGGCAAAAUAGAAUUAAAACAUUAGAGAGUAAUCACAAGAAGAUAAAUGAAAUAAUGGACAAGGAAUUCUCUGAAGCAGUGGAUGAAAUUCAACAAACUUCUCACAAAAUAGCGAAGAAUUGUGAACCUCCGUGCCAGGAUAUGAAGAAAGCAGUUAUGGAAUGUUACAAAUAUUAUCCAAAUGAACCAAUGAGAUGCGCUAAAGUCGUUCAAGCUUUUCAAGAAUGUGUUGAUUUGAAGAGGUCUUCGGUGAUAGCGAAUAGAGGAUAGUGGAAAAUGAAACGGGAAGAUAGAGAAGGUAUAAUAUUUCCUAGAAGCUGAAUUGCUGUUUUGAUUUAUUUGUUUUGUAAAUAAUAAAAUAAAUACUAUUAUUUUAAUUCGGCGUGUUAAGUAGAAGUAAACGGAAUUUCCUGCUGUAAUAUACAAACUUGUAUAAUUGUA